AUGCAAUCACUCGUGCUUCAGAGCCUGUCGACGCAGUUUGGUCACUUCAAUCCGGGCGAGAGCCGGCCGAAGCGAUCGUGGUCUCCCAAUGCUCGAGGGUGCAGCCCCCGGGCUCAUCUUCGAUCGAUGUCGGAAUCUCCUCCAGCAUCAGAGAAGCCUCGGGGGCAAGUGGUCGACCCUCCGGAGUCAGGGCCCUCCGAGCUGCCACGCCUGUCAGGGUAUGCCGACGGUCUAUAUACGGGAUCACCUCGACCGUUACCGGGAGCUCAGUAUCCCCUCGCCGUGCUGGAUCCAACCCAUCCGGGCGCUCGCUCACUAGCUCAGAAAUCCACUCGGCGGACCAAGGCUCAUGUAGCAUCGGCCUGCGUGAAUUGCAAGAAGAAACAUCUGGGAUGUGACCCAGCUCGACCGUGCCGAAGAUGUGUCCUGUCAGGGAAGGCUAAACGGGGACGACCCCCGUUGAAAGCAGAAGAUUCCUCGCUCAGGUCAUACACCACCCAUCUCGAGAACCCGGCCAUCCCAGCGGAGGCCCAGCAAAUGCCUCCGCGGCGCACCGCCAUGCAUCGGGCCACAUCGUCGCGGGAAUUACGACCCAUGACGGAUUUACAGGGACUCGAUGCAAGUGCCGGUGUCAGAACGCCACAUCGGUGGUCAGCUUCAGUAUUCCCUCUCACCCGACCUAUGGAUCCCUCUCCAACCAUGCCGGUUUCCAGUCGAAGGCCCUUUUCGUCAUCGGGGCCCGCUUCACAUCCAGUACCAACCCAUCCUCAUGCACCGUACGCGCCCAUGGCCGGCUUUAAUCCCGCCCUCAAGGCCCACACCAUUCCCACGACCAUGGACCGCCGUUUUCCCCCAUAUAGCGGCGUCCCAGCAUUACCACCACCCACAUCACCUCCCCAAGCCCCUCCCGUGGGGACUCCGUUCCUGGGCUACCCUGAACCGAGCACCGCGAUCCGCCCGCCCAUGAGUGACCCUCGGGUGCCUCUGUCGCCCCGAGAUCCAUAUCAGGUCGACUCGCCAGUCCGCCUCCCUCCAAUCCAUCAAGCAACCGCUGGACCUCCGCCUCACCACGUCCAUCGUCUUAGUGACCCCUACCCAGCAUCUUGGGGUCUUCCCCGCGAAGACAGUUACGAUUCUCGGUCUGCCUUUCAUCGAUCCGCAGGCCCAGCCUUCAACUAUACCUUCCCACACCAACGCUCCUCCUCCAUCACCAGCGCGACGAUGGAUCCUGUCCCACGUCAUCUGGGACCCGUCGAGCUCCCAUCUCCCAUACAGGUUACAGCAGGAAGUUCUCCUUCCCUGCCGAGGACCGAGCCCCCCGAAACCGAAACCCACGACCGACCCGUCAAGCGGCGCAAGAUGGCACUGGACGACAUGGUGAACGGGUGA